CCCAGCAGUGUGUGGGCUGAGAGAGAGAGAGAGAGAGAGAGAGAGAGACAGAGAGAGACUGACUGUGACUGAGGGCAGAGAGAGACUGUGACUGAGGGAAAAGAGAGAGAGACUGACUGUGACUUAGGAGAGAGAGAGAGAGAGAGCGCGAGGACAUAGACAGACAGACACGCGCACCAGAUCAGCUGUCACCGCGCGAGCGCCAACCGUUAGCUACUGCUGGACCAGCGCUGUUGGCGUUUACCUCUCGCACCAGCCGCCCCGCAAACGAGCAGCGACGCUGAAGACCCCCUCUGCCAGCCCGAAGACCACCGCUACCGCGCCGAGGGGCGGUAAAUAGCGAGCUAAGUUGGCGCUGAGGAGAGAGAGAGAGGUGUUUUAGAGAGAGGGGACGGGGAGCCCGGAGACCGUAUCGACCGAGCUCAGAGACGCGUGCGGAGAUGCGUAGCUGUGUGGGGGCUUAGCGCUUAGCUCCCGUCGUUUGGAAGUUUUUUUAAUUCUUUUUUUCGCACAAAAACAUAGAAAUUGUCGUCAAAAUGAAACCGUAAGGCGCUGCUGGUGCUGUGGGGGAUUUAGCUAAAUGUCUCUCGCGGAGGCGCGCAGCCUCGCUCCUUCUCUAGCGGUCGCCAGCAGUUUUGGCUAAAAACAAAACAGCAGCAGUAGCGAGCUCGACCUACGCGCGCGUCGUCGGGGCUGGGGAGGAGGAAUUCGGCUAGAGAGCGAGCGCCGGAGGAGAAGAAAGAGAAAGAGGAGGAGGAGGAAAAUAAGGGAAGAAGGGCUAGUUGAAGCAAUAUGGCUGAUGGCCGGGGUUGGGGGCGCUGGCAGCAGCUCUCCAGAGCUUCUUCAUGCUAGCUGUGGCAGAUGGCAACGUUUCCUAUGGCAGCAGCGGCGGCUCUAGAAUGAGUAAUAAUAUCAACUACAAUAAAAACCCGGACUCCUCUGUCUCUAUCUCCAAGAUGGACGUGAUCAUCCCGUUCUCAUCAGACGUACCGUGUGACAACAAUGGUCAGCGCAUGUGGUGGGCUUUCCUCGCCUCCUCCAUGGUGACGUUUUUCGGGGGUCUCUUCAUCAUCCUCUUGUGGAGGACCCUCAAGUACCUGUGGACCGUCUGCUGCCACUGUAACAUCAAAAACAAGGAGGCACAGAAGGUGAUUAACGCUCAGACGGACGGGCCAGUGAAAAACCAGGAUGAGAAGGACGAGGCUCCAGCCAGUGAGGUGGGCUGGAUGACCUCAGUAAAAGACUGGGCCGGGGUAAUGAUCUCAGCGCAGACUCUGACAGGCAGAGUACUGGUGGUGUUAGUCUUUGCGCUCAGUAUUGGAGCUCUUGGAAUAUACUUCAUAGACUCGUCUGACCCUAUAGAAUCCUGUCAGAAUUUCUACAAAGACUUCACGUUACAAAUCGACAUGGCAUUCAACGUGUUCUUCUUACUCUACUUUGGGCUGCGUUUCAUUGCAGCCAACGAUAAGCUGUGGUUCUGGCUGGAGGUGAACUCCGUGGUGGACUUCUUCACUGUGCCGCCAGUGUUUGUAUCAGUGUAUCUGAACAGGAGCUGGCUGGGUCUGAGAUUUCUAAGAGCCUUGAGAUUGAUACAGUUCUCAGAAAUAUUACAGUUUUUGAAUAUCUUAAAAACAAGUAAUUCCAUCAAGCUGGUGAACCUGUGUUCCAUCUUCAUAAGCACAUGGCUCACAGCUGCAGGAUUCAUUCAUCUGGUGGAAAACUCAGGGGAUCCUUGGGAAAACUUCCAAAAUUCUCAACCACUUUCAUAUUGGGAAUGUGUGUACUUACUCAUGGUCACUAUGUCCACGGUGGGCUACGGAGACGUCUGUGCGAAAACCACCCUCGGCCGCCUUUUCAUGGUCUUCUUCAUUCUCGGCGGUCUGGCCAUGUUUGCCAGCUACGUCCCUGAAAUCAUAGAGUUAAUAGGAAACCGCAAGAAAUAUGGUGGUUCCUAUAGUGCGGUUAAUGGCAGAAAGCAUAUUGUGGUCUGUGGUCAUAUCACACUCGAAAGUGUAUCCAACUUCCUUAAAGACUUCCUACACAAGGACAGGGAUGAUGUCAAUGUAGAAAUUGUUUUUCUCCAUAAUAUUUCCCCUAAUCUUGAGCUGGAAGCCUUGUUCAAACGUCACUUCACUCAGGUGGAAUUCUACCAAGGAUCUGUUCUCAACCCACAUGAUCUGGCUAGGGUCAAGAUUGAGUCAGCAGACGCGUGCUUGAUUCUUGCAAACAAAUACUGUGCCGACCCUGAUGCUGAAGAUGCCUCCAAUAUUAUGAGAGUCAUAUCCAUCAAGAACUACCAUCCAAAGAUAAGAAUAAUCACUCAAAUGUUGCAGUACCACAACAAGGCCCAUCUGCUAAACAUUCCCAGCUGGAACUGGAAGGAGGGUGAUGAUGCGAUCUGCCUGGCUGAGCUGAAGGCAGGCUUCAUUGCCCAGAGCUGCCUGGCACAGGGCCUGUCCACCAUGCUGGCCAACCUCUUCUCCAUGAGGUCAUUCAUCAAGAUUGAAGAAGACACAUGGCAGAAGUAUUACCUGGAGGGCGUGGCCAAUGAAAUGUACACCGAGUACUUGUCCAGUGCCUUUGUGGGGCUUUCAUUUCCUACAGUUUGCGAGCUGUGCUAUGUGAAGCUCAAAUUGUUAUUGAUUGCUAUUGAAUACAAGUCUGAGCAGAGAGAAAGCAGAAGCAGAAAGCGUAUUUUGAUCAACCCUGGGAACCAUGUUAAGAUGCAGGAGGGAACCUUGGGAUUCUUUAUUGCCAGUGACGCCAAAGAGGUCAAAAGAGCAUUUUUCUACUGCAAAGCUUGUCACGAUGACAUCACAGAUCCCAAAAGGAUCAAAAAGUGUGGCUGCAAGAGACUGAUACAUUCCAAGAUGUCCGUCUACAAGCGAAUGAAACUGGCAUGUUGUUUUGAUUGCGGGCGCUCUGAGCGCGACUGCUCGUGCAUGUCAGGCAGUGUACAUAGUAACAUGGACAGCCUUCAGAGGGCCUUCCCACUUUCUUCUGUCUCUGUUCAUGAUUGCUCAACCAGUUUACGUGCCUCCAAAUAUAAGUAUAACGGAUAUGUCAGAUCACUCGAAGAUGAGCAUCCAUCAACGCUGUCACCCAAAAAGAAGCAGCGCAACGGAGGCAUGCGAAAUUCACCCAACUGCUCGCCCAAAAUGAUGAGACAUGACCCUCUCCUCAUUCCGGGAAACGAGCAGAUUGAGAAUAUGGAUGUUAAUGUGAAGAGAUAUGACUCCACAGGAAUGUUUCACUGGUGUCCAUCCAAAGAAAUAGAGAAGGUCAUUCUGACACGGAGUGAGGCCUCCAUGACGGUUCUGAGUGGACACGUGGUGGUCUGUAUAUUUGGGGAUGUCACGUCCGCCUUGGUGGGGCUGCGAAACUUGGUGAUGCCUUUACGAGCGAGUAACUUUCAUUACCACGAGCUGAAACACAUCGUGUUUGUGGGCUCGCUGGACUAUCUGAGGAGAGAAUGGGAAACGCUUCACAACUUCCCUAAAGUCUCCAUAUUACCCGGUACGCCAUUAAGUCGAGCUGAUUUAAGGGCUGUCAACAUCAACCUCUGCGACAUGUGCGUUAUCCUGUCAGCCAAUCAGAACAAUAUCGACGAUGCUUCACUGCAGGACAAGGAAUGCAUCUUGGCAUCGCUCAACAUCAAAUCUAUGCAGUUUGAUGACAGCAUUGGGGUCUUGCAGGCUAAUUCCCAAGGUUUCACACCACCUGGCAUGGACAGGUCAUCUCCAGACAACAGUCCAGUACAUGGCUUGGUCCGCCAAGCGUCUGUCACAACCGGCUCCAACAUCCCAAUCAUUACUGAACUAGCUAAGCCUGGCAAACUACUGCCUUUGGUUUCAUUCAGUCAGGAAAAAAACAGUGGAACCAACAUACAAAUGAUAACAGAACUGGUGAAUGACUCGAAUGUUCAGUUCCUGGACCAAGAUGACGAUGAUGACCCGGAUACGGAGCUCUAUCUGACCCAGCCUUUUGCCUGUGGGACCGCCUUUGCUGUCAGUGUGCUGGACUCACUUAUGAGUGCGACAUACUUCAACGAUAAUAUCCUCACGCUGAUCCGGACGUUGGUCACGGGAGGUGCCACGCCGGAGCUGGAGGCGCUGCUGGCGGAGGAAAACGCGCUGCGCGGAGGUUACAGCACGCCGCAGACGCUGGCUAACAGGGACAGGUGUCGGGUGGCCCAGCUGGCCCUGUACGACGGGCCCUUCGCAGACUUAGGGGAUGGCGGCUGCUACGGGGACUUAUUUUGUAAAGCAUUAAAAACAUACAACAUGCUGUGCUUUGGGAUCUAUAGAUUAAGAGACGCGCACCUAACUGCACCGAGCCCGUGCACGAAAAGAUAUGUCAUCACCAACCCUCCCUACGAGUUUGAGCUGGUCCCCACAGACUUGAUCUUCUGCCUGAUGCAGUUUGACCACAAUGCGGGCCAGUCUCGAACCAGCCACUCCUCUCAUUCCUCGCACUCGUCCAGCAAGAAGAGCUCCUCUGUUCACUCCAUCCCAGCCACCAACCGGCAAAACCGCAGCAGCAAGGCCCGCGAGGCCCGAGACAAACACAAUGCAACAAGGAUGAAUAGAAUGGGCCAAGAAAAGAAAUGGUUUACAGAUGAACCAGAAAAUGCCUACCCAAGGAACAUUCAAAUCAAGCCGAUGAGCACUCACAUGGCCAAUCAAGUCAAUCAGUACAAAUCCACUACCAGCCUGAUUCCACCUAUCAGAGAAGUCGAAGAUGAAUGCUGAAUCCCUGGCCUUUGAUGACGUGGAGGGAGUCGGAGCAUCCAGUCGUUUAAACAAAAAAGAGAGAGAGAGUGAACAUGAUGAGAUGGUUACGAUGAUGACGAUUCACUGUACUUCCCUUGCACCACAGCUCAAGGGUUUUGUUGCGAUCAUGGGAACUGGAAGGGACCUCUUAUGUGUAUACCUUUAACGUUACUUCCAUGCUUUUGGUAACAUUUAAUUUCUAAAUGUAUACAUAGUGAUGUACAUAAUGACAAUCAAGUAAGGAUUGUACAGCGCCCCCUAGCACUUUUUGAAAUUAUGUUAAAAUGGAAAAAAAGUACUUCCUGUAAUUCUUUGCAAUAUCUCAUUUCUGUGGUGACCUGACUCUGUGCAGAAGGGUUUGUGUUAUGGAGGAUGAGGGUCACAGUCACUCAGCUCAUCCUGACAUUACCCAAAGAACCUCAUCUGAAGCGUCAGAUAAGCCCCACUCCUUGAGUUACGCAUCCUCAUCUGCUUCUUUUUGCACUAAACGUAAUCAAGUUAUUGUCGAAAAUAACUUGAAGAAAAAAAGAAAAAAAAUCACCAACAUCAGAUGUUGCUCCGGGUUGCUCACUGGAUCACGGAAAACGUUCGUUUUCCUUCCGAAUUCACUGCAUGGCAGGAUUAGCAGUGUGUAGCAGGAACAGUUGCGUUCAAGGAAAUGAGUGUGACGGCUGUGCACCAGGGGCAUUCAUUCAGCUGAGUAAAUGUUGCGUCACCCAACUCGGACAUGUAGAGAGGGAAAAGUGGUCUCGUUUCCAUCCAUACACACCAUCCAGGCCAUCAUAUACGUGGGAAUGUAUUUGCCAUAUUUCUCUAAUAAUGCAAAAGAGUGUCCCCAACGUAGCCCUACAAAAUUGGCAAUACAUUACGAGGAUAUGCACUACUUUUGUUGACGUCUUUCCAUCGUGCUUGACUGCUGGUUUGCCGUGGUUGGAAAAAAUUGUGGUGCGUGAUGAAGGCUCCUAACGAAGCCUAAGGAAACGAAUCAAAUGCGUGUUGGUGCCUGUGGAUCUGUUGUCCAUAGGAAAUGAAUGGAUUGCACACUGCACUCACCUGCUGAUAAUAAUCCUAAUGAUGAUGAUAAUAACUAUGAUUGAGCUUUUAAACCAUAUGUUAACCAACGUUCUGUCUCAAUGGAACAUUGUUAAAGCUGACCUUAUGCGCUAAUCAUUAAUUAAAACACAUGACAGUACAGUUUGAUAUGCCACAUAUUGCGAAAAGUGGGCAUCCAUGGUUCCUCCUUUUGAGUGAAGCCACUGCCUGACACAUUGUUGGCACAGAGGCAAAAAAAGACAUGCUUGGAUGUUCUCUGUGACUAACUGUGAUGCCUUAAAAAAAGAUCAAAGAGGUCAGCAGACAGAUACAAAAGACAAGCUCAAUCAUAGUUUGUCAGUUAUCAUCCAAAAAGACGUGAACCUUGACAAUAUCUUUGUGUUGCUUUGGUGUAGUAGACUGGAUCGAAUGCUAGAUCUACACUUAACAAGACUGGAACACGCUUGUGUAGCCUUUACGUUAAGUGGGAAGUAUACAAAUACUAAGCAGAACCUUUGGACUUUGCUUCGAAGGUUCUGUCAGAUUUAUACAUACUGUACGUACAUACUUAUUUUUUAUCCACAUGAGCGUAAUCAUUUUGUACUUAUUUUUAUACAUAUCAAAGAACUUUAUUUCUAAAUUUAUCUUAAAUGCAUCUUACCAAGUCUACAGUGCACACCAAUUCAGUUUGUCCAUUUUUACCCUUGGGAACAGAACAUAUCACAUUGCUUUAUCAAAAAAGGAACAAAAAAAAAGACAAGACAAGAUUAGACGAGCUACAUAUCUAGCUUAUGUUAUAGGAGACAACCUGAGUCACAAAGGUACAACCUCAGCUCUUUGUUCGUUCUCCUAGGAGUGUGCUUUGAAACGUGGGCUGCUUUGAAGGACCUUUGUAGCUAUAUCGAUUAUCAAAUUGUGUAGACUACUAUGUUUUAUUUUCAUUGGCUGAGAUAAAUAAAAAUAUAUGAAUAUAUAUAUAUAUAUAUAUAUAUAUAUAUAUAUAUAUAUAUAUAAUGAAAUUCAUACAGUGCUUAGAUGUAAAACAAUAGUUUAAUUUCAAAUGAAUUAAAAGCGAUGGUGAUAAGCUUCUAUUGACUUAGAAGAGGGUGCAUGAAGAGGGGCAAUUGUUAAAAAAAACACCUACCGUUUGCACCUACUCUUUCUUUUCUGAGGGUAGAACUGAGAACGCUGUCGUUGUUAAUAUUGACCUAAAUUAGGUCUUCAGAGGAUUCAGAGGACUGUGCUGAAGUAUUUUCAUGUGCAUACACCUAUAAUUAUACACUGGGAACUGUCUGUGUGUUCAGAUGGCACAAUGAGAAGAAGACCUAUAGAGACGCUCGGUCAGCAGUGAGCCAAUAGCCAUAUAUGAUUGUAGACAUAAGAAAAAAAAAAUAACAAAACGACAUCGCUACGAUUCCAUCUACUGUGGAAAAAAAGCGCAUAGUGUCAAAGUAUGUUGUGUAAAUUCUGCCCAUUAUAGGCCACGUUUUAUUUUCCGACAAAAAAGGAUCUCAGCUUUAAUGUUUGUCUAAUGGAUGUAGUAUGAUCCUACUGCAGCCACCUAGGCUUUGUCCUGAAGUGAUAUUUUGAAUUGUGAAUACAUUGAUGUUACACUUUUGUAGCAAGUAGAGUUACUUAAAAAAAUAAACGAUGUGAGUACAAUGUAUGUAAAAUUGGACUGUCAAUAACAUACUUGCUAGCCUGAAAAAAAAAAGAAUUCUGACCUAAAAUGAAUCAUAAAUCACUUUACAUUGGAGUUCAAAGUCAAAUUAUCUUUUAUUUUCUUUAUAGGUGAUUUGUCUAUGUAAGAUCCUUUUCCUGUAAUGAAACGUCUGCGGUACAUUACAAAGAAAAGCUCCAGAAUUACACUGAAAGCAGGUUUCAUUUGAUGAAAGUGCUGUAUAAUAGAGGGAUUGGGAGUCUAGCUUAAGUUUCACAGUAGGCAUGCUGUAUUUUUAUGUGAAUUCUUUAACGUCAGAGUUUACAUUCCAUUUUGCUAGCUUUUGAGGCUUAGUUUUGCUACAGUGCUGCGCUCAUCAUUUGUUUAAAGCUAUCACAGUCACUAAUUUUGUUUACAGAGUUCUCUUUAUCUGUUUUAUCUUUUUUUUUUUAUUAUUUAGACUGCUCAGAAAUCAAACCUGACAAUACAACCUUAAGCAGGAUGAUUCAUUCAAACCAAAAGCAAUCGGUACACAUCUCAAACCUUUACCCGUUCAGUAGAUUUGGGACGUUUUCUAUCCCCCAGUCUGUCCGUCCCCAAAGUGAUCAACAGUGGUCGUCCUUCAGCUUGACAUUCUUCUCCAAAAAAAAAUAUCCACAGAAAACCCAGAUGAUUUGUACUGUUUGUGCUGAUCAUCAUAAGGUAAAAAGAUAUCCUCUACAUAUUAAUCAGACUGUUUAAAGUGCCAUGACAGUGUCUCUUCUGCAGCAUCUUUCAGACAUGUGUUAAAAUCAGGACUCACACUGAACAGAGGCGUCUAACACUGGCAUGGAGAACAUCCAAGCUAUCCACGCCUCCAUGCCAGUGCAGUGCCAGGCAGUGCGGCCAGCCCAAAGGAGGAACACAUGAAGACCCACUAUAGCGAAAAGUGGCAUCAAAAUGGGCAAAAAGUAUUCACAUAUGCAUAAGCCCAGCUGUACAAACUUUACCACGUGUGGUUUUAAUACAUACCACCAUAAAUAAUGAACGCAGUGAGACAUAAACUGAUGGACUAACGCUGACUGAAAGAUGCAGCAGGGGCACUAAUUGAGUUUUUUAUUUAUUUUGUGAACACCUGUCUACUUGUUCAGGAGUGUUUUAGCCCAAUGAUAUCAACUUCAAGUGCAAACUUACUGAUACACGUCGUACAACACUGUCGCAUUGCGUACUUCUGGCAGUUUUACGCUACAGUAAAGACUGAGUGUUACUAAACUAAAGUAAAGUAGGAAUUGUAUAGAAUAAACUGCUGUGAGGGAAUGAAGUCUUAAAAAGCUGAACUGCAUUUGGAUGAUUUUUUAUUUUUAUUUCAAUAAAGCAUAUAUUUAAUUAUUGGCAUAUUCAUUACAGGAAAAAGGAGUUUCUCAUAGAAGAUUUAAUCGUUUGAACUGUUUUAGCUAAUGGAUAAAUGGAGAAAUUGAUGGUGCUGAGUUGAUCUACCUGACUCUGUCAAAUAUAACCUGCUGAUAAAUAUACUGUCUUGUACAAAAAGUUUGUACAUAAAUUGUACAUGUUUCUUUUUGUAUUUUCUCAAAUUAAAAUGGAUGUAUUUGUGUUCUAAA